AUGGCGGAUGGUUUAAAAAAUCCCGUCUUGGCGUCUGCUUCUGAUUCAGACUCCGAUGAUUUGCCUCGUGGUACUCAAAAAAUGGCUUCUACUAAGAAGAUAGAUAGUAGUCAGUUGAGUCUGCCUGGAACUUCGAACACUUUUCUCAAGAAUAUUGAGACCAGUAUGGACCAUAUCGCACAAUUUAUGGAAUCCAUGAACGAGGCCUUUACCGGACUUGCUGAAGAAAAACGAAAGCUCCCGGAGGAAUUUAUCAUUCUCAAGAAGAAAGCCCGUCGUCGAGUGUCUGACACUUCUUCAGAUGAGGCUGAAAAAGAUUUUAUUGCCAUGGCUAAUGUUAAUCGGCCAAAGGCCUAUAUUUCUGACUCUGAUGAGGAAAAUACAAACCGCUCCCAACUUGACGAAGGUCAAGGUGAUGGGGGUGCCAGUAGUAGUUUCGAUAGUUUUCUUGACAACGUUGAAGACGAGCUACAACUUUGCUCUAAAUCAGGACAGAACAUCAAUGAUAAAUUAGCCAAGUUUGUCACUAAACGAUUCGAGACACGUCUAUCAUUCGACAAACUCCAAGAACGAAUUGAUAAAUACAGUAUACCCCGUAAUUGCGAGGGUGUUUAUGUGUCUGAGGUAAAUUUACCCAUCAAGUCGAAGCUCAACCGUUUUAUCAGGGGUUUGGAUACUCGCACUUCUAAUAUACAGAGAACAAUUGUUUCGGCAAGCUCUGCUGUCAUUGAGUGUCUGGAAUUAGUAUCUUCAAAUAUGGUCGCUAUGAAUGGUACUCCUGAACUUGUCUCAAAACUCACAGAUGCUGUGAGCAUGUUGGGGCAUGCCAAUUAUGACAUUUCUUUGAGAAGAAGAGAAUACCUUCGGCCUUACAUUCAAGAUGAUUACAAGCCAUUAUGUGGACAGAUGGUUCCUGUAACCAAACUACUUUUUGGAGACGAUCUUCAAAAAGAAAUGAAAGAAGUUCGUGAAACGAAUUUGAUAGCAAAAACUGUCAACAAAUCUAAGGGAAAUUACUCCUCCUACAACCAUAAUCAAUUCGACAAUAGUAAAAGUCAUCAUGGUGCCAGUGGUGGAUAUCAGAAAUACCCUUUUCGCGAAAGAGGUUUAAUGACAUCCAGUUUCCCUGGAACUAUAUAUGGGGCAUUGUAUUACAGAGAUUUAGAAAAUGAGAAAACUGUAGCUUUGAAACAUAAUAAAGGUAAUUUCGAAGCAUCUAUAAUUCUUGGAUCACUAGCCAAAAAAGAAUUAACUUGGUGGGUACAGUCAUUGAAAUUCGCAUACAAUGUUAUUGAUCACGGUUCCCCUGAUGUUACUAUUUAUACUGAUGCUAGCAAAAAUGGUUGGGGGUGUACAGAAUGA